AUGGUUGUAAUAUCAUCAUUACGAGACAUUAUCGGAAGCACAUUAUAUGUUAACGUUACAUAUGAUCAGCAUAUCAUGCUUACAGGGAAAUUACAAGCCAUUGACGCUCAAGGUAAUCUUUUAUUGGACGAUGUCAAGGAAAUAACAACUGGAAAUAGUAGUGAUAUUGGUGGUAGUAAUGGUAGUGGUGCUAAAAUAAGAAUGGUACAUCAAAGAAUGUUAGGUUUAGUCAGUGUACCUAGAGACUCAAUUAUAUCUGUUAAGAUUGAUAAGACUCUCUUUGAGAGAAAACAGGUACAAAAAUCAGAUAUUAUUAAUAAUGUCAUAUAG